UCAGUAUCAGCUAUGGUUUUGAAUGAAGCGGACAACUGGCCGGUGUGUAGAUACGCACGCACCUUCUUUUUGACGGUCGUCGUUCGUUGUCAACAAACGUAGGGAAGAAAAGCAACCGAAACAAGCAACCAACCAACCGAAUUCUUGACCAUUAAUUUCCCCGCGGAGGAGCUUUGGUUGUUUUCGAGACUCUGUUUCGAUUGCCCUUCUUGAGAGCUAGCUAAAACAACGUGAUUUUUGACUGGAUGAACUAUUCGUCUCGCGGUCACCGAACUUGACGGUGGAAGAAGAUUGGAAUCAAACGAUUAGUUAUUUUUGGCUGUGACCAAAAAGGUGUUGGUUUGUGAAGAAUCUUGCUACGCGGAGAAGAUUACUAGUGUUGGCAAACAACGUGGGACUUGAAUAUUUACAAAUUUAAGGUGACGCCAAGCUUUGGAAUUACGCGUUUGUGAACAGGUCGUUACCAGGGAAAAGUGCUGAUAAUUUGAAUGUUUUGAUGCCAAUCUCAAAUCACGUGGAAAAGAUUAGGAUAGCAGGGAUAACAAUAUCUGUAUUUUGAAAGCAACAAAAGCAAACUCAAACACAUUGAACGACAUUACGCAAAUCGCCAGAUAUUGGACAAUUCCAUGUUCAAAAUCAGCUGUGGAAAAGUGGAACACCGGCUUCGACCCAAGGUGGCACAGUGAAUGCGUGAAGGCGUGUCAAAUUCAAAUAAUUGCAACCGUUCCAAAGCUGCACGCUGCGAGGAAGGAAAGUAAGCUACAGUCAGUAUUACCAUUGCAUCACGUUCAUCGAUCGCCAAGUCUCCUAAAUGGACACGCUCCAAACGCCCAAUCCCGUAGAACUGGACGAAACGCGUCUAUUUGGCACGGUGCCGGAAGCAUUGGCCGAUGAGAAUGACCCGUCUUUAGCGCUGCGGUUGCCUUUGUUGCAAUCGAAACUCAGUCUGCGAUCGUCCUCGCCAGAAGACAACGACAAAAGCUCCGGCAUUGGCAGCACCGUGAGCAGCAUUGCAACGGCCGAUAAUAACGCGAUUCAGGAGACAGGUGACAAGAUGAAUGCGAAUGGGGAUUUGUUUGUGCCGGCUCGAAGCCCACCCACGGAGGAGGAAGGUGAUGGGGGCACUCCAACGAAGAGCAUCCAAACUGUUGUGAUUGACAUUGAGAACGGGGAAGUAAACAAGAAAAACGACGAGAUGAGCUAUGCAGAUGUGGUACAGCAGCUCCAUACGACCUUCUCCAGCGGAAAGACGCGAAAUGUCGAAUUCAGGGAACAGCAGCUUAAAAACUUGCUGCGCAUGUAUGAGGAGAACUCCGCGGAAAUGGUGAACGUGCUGGCAGCCGAUUUGCGAAAACACAAGCAAGAGGCGCACGUGCUGGAGAUCGAUUUUCUUAUCAACGACAUUCGGAACACCAUUUUCAACUUCCGAGAAUGGGUCAAACCGGAGAAGCCGGAGAAGACCAUGGUCAACAUAAUGGACGGAGUGUACAUCUACAAGGAUCCGUACGGAGUGGUCCUGGUGAUAGGAGCCUGGAACUAUCCCCUACAGUUGACCUUGGUCCCGGUGGCAGCCGCAAUUGCCGCUGGAAACUGUGUUCUCAUCAAGCCAAGUGAGGUAGCGGCAGCGACAUCGAAGUUCAUCGCUGAGACCAUCCCAAAAUAUCUGGAUUCGGAAUGCUACCGCGUGGUCGAAGGCGGCGCAAAAGAAACAGCGGAAAUCUUGCGACAGAAGUUUGACUACGUUUUCUACACCGGUUCCGGACGAGUUGGGCGCAUCAUUCAUCAGGCGUGUAACGAGAACCUCACACCGUGCACCCUGGAGCUAGGUGGCAAGAGCCCCUGCUACAUCGACAGCACAGCGGACAUUCCCAUUGCAACGAAACGGAUCCUGUGGGGCAAGUUCAUCAACGCUGGCCAGACCUGCAUUGCGCCAGAUUAUUUGCUGUGCUCGAAGCAGGUCCAGAAGCAGUUCCUGGAAGAAGCGGGAAAAAUUCUGAAAGAAUGGUACGGCAACAACCCGAAGGACAGCCCCGAUCUGUGUCGGAUCAUCAAUCAGCAGCAUUUCCAACGUUUAAGUGCCAUGAUCAAGGGAGCCAAUGUGGCAAUCGGAGGCGAAACGGACUCCCAAGAGAAAUACAUCGCUCCCACGAUCCUCGUCGACGUCAACUCGAAUGACCCCGUGAUGCAGGACGAGAUCUUUGGUCCGAUCCUGCCCAUCAUUAACGUCGACAACGCGUACGACGCCAUCCGUUUCAUCAACUCAAGAUCACCCGCGCUUGUCAUGUACAUCUUCACGCAAGACAAAAAACUGCAAGAUCUCUUCAUACAUGGUACAAGGUCGGGCAGUAUGUGCCUCAAUGAUACCAUCAUGCAGUACGCCGUUGAAACAUUGCCAUUCGGAGGUGUUGGACCCAGUGGAAUGGGAGCCUAUCACGGAAAGUACUCGUUCGAUACGUUCGUCCACAGGAAGUCGUGCUUGGCGAAGGACUUCAACCCCAUCGGAGAGAAGUUGGCCUCUUCUCGAUACCCGCCUUAUUCGGACAGUAAACUGUCCUUCCUGACGACGCUGUUGAAGAAGCGCCAAGGACUGUCGAUGAAGUUCCUGCCAUACGUGCUGAUGUUCGGUAUCGGAGCUGCCACAGCACUGAUCGUGAGCUCUAUUGUGAAGGACGACGACUAGAUCAAUUUACGCACGUUUUACCACUCAAGGAACAGUGUAGACUGUCGACCCCACAAAGAGACUGCAAAUACCAUAAAACUAUGCUUUAGAACGUGCAGGGUGUAUGUGUACAGUUAUUGAACAGAUGAUGUUUCAUUCCCGUGAAACAUUUGUGAUAGAUCCCUCUUGAUUACUGCUAUUUCAUACAAAUGGGUAUAGGUUUCAGUGGUACAUACUAGUAGUAGUAGUUUCAAAUUUCAAUGACUUAAGCACAUACUCAACUAUUUUAAUGUUCACAAGCGGGAUUAAUACAGGCUAAGUUUUAAUUAUUUUCAUAAUCAGUUAGAGGAGCGAUGCUACUUCAUCAUGACUCUUACAAUUCGGCAUCAAAUAGCUUUGCGUAUCUAGAAUGAAGAGGUAAUAAAAAUGCCAAAAAAGUAAUGGUCAUCAUUUGAAAUCGUGAAGGGAAAAUAUAAAUGUUAUUUGUUUGUUAAAGGUAAUUUUUAUAAUCUCAGCUUUGAUAAAAAAUAAAUAUGUCAUAAAGAUAA